UCUCGGGUCCCCCGAGGUUUUCAUUUCCAUUUCUGGUGUAUGUUUUCGCUGUGUGAGGCAGGGUCCCGCUCGGGCCCAGGCUCACUGACCUGGAAGUCACUCUGUCGUCUCAGCGUGGCCUCGAACUCACGGCGAUGCUCUACCUCUGCCUCCCGAGUGCUGGGAUUCAAGGCCACCACGCCCGGCCCUCCCGAGGACUUUAACUGGGUCUCGGACUCUCCGCCAGCCGACGUCCUCGUAAGCCUGUCAACUCGGUCCUGAAAUCCACCCCCCUGCCCGCAUUCCUCCAUAAGAAAAUACUAGAUGAGCCGGGCGCGGUGGCCCACGCCUUUAAUCUCAGCGCUCAGGAAGCAGAGGUAGGAGGAUUGAUUUCAUGAUGGGAUAGUCCUCUACGUGGCUUAACGCACUAAGAAAAUGAACACACCUUUGGGCUUGGUAUCAUUUGAGGAUCUAUCUGUGGACUUUACCUGGGAGGAGUGGCAGACCCUCAGUGAUGCUCAGAGGACACUCUACAAGGAUGUGAUGCUGGAGACCUACAGAAGCCUGCUAUCCUUAUAUCAGUGCUAUAUGAAACCAGAGGUGAUCCUGAAGUUGCAACAAGGAGCUGGGCCAUGGACAGAAGAGGAAGUUCCAAACCAAAGCCUGCAAGAUAUCAAGAAUUUGAAUAACUUGAAUGAAUCCAGCCCUGCUAAUCAAAAGAGAUAUCUGUAUCAUCUUGUAAUAUCCAACAGUGACACAUCAACUGAGGAAAGGGUUAAAUUAGGAAAAAUACCUCAUUUGAGCUCAAGCCACAUUUUAAGACUGACUGUAAAGGAUGAGACCUCUUCAGGAACAAGGUCUGAGGGGCUUAAUAUGUGGAACAAUGUGCUUCCUAGUGAGCCUGGUGAGAUGCAAGCUGGAGAGAACCUUGGUGGUCUUCACGUCACUGGGGUGUCCCACAGACAACCUGAACCUCCUAGUCUGAAUCACAGAGUUGAAAGUAGGCAAAAACAUGUUAAGGAUUGCCAGCAUGGUAAAGCUUUCACCAAGAAGACAGUAUGGAUAUCUAAGAGGUUCCCUAUGGGACAUGCCUCCAGUGAAUUUAGAGACUAUGGGAAAACCUGUGAUGGUUUAGCUACUACUGCCCAAGAGAUGACUCUGGUAAGGGAGGAAGCUUUUGCAUGUAAUGGAUGUGGGAAAAUGUUCUAUAUGUCUAAGCUUACUCAGCAUUUAAGAAUAUACAAAGGACAGAAAUAUUUUAAAGGUAAUGAUCAUGAACCCACUCUUGUUACAAAACCAGACCUCACAAAACAUCAGAGAACUCAUGCAGGCAGGAAGCCUUAUGGCUGUAAUGAAGAUAAGAAAUCCUUUGCUCAAAAGUCAAAUGUCAGUGCUGAUCAGAGAAUAUACUUAGGAGAGGAGACUAAUGUGUCUGAGAAAACCUUUUCUCUGAAAUCAAAUUACAUCCUGCAUCAGAUCCCUCCUAUAGGCAAGAAAUCCUAUGAGUGCAGUGAAUCAGCAGCCAACAUUAACAACCACACUCAGAUACCUGAUACCUGUAUGCAAUCUUACAAGUGUAAUGUAUGUGGAAAAACCUUUAACUGUACAUCAGACCUCUGUGUGCAUCACAGAGCCUACCACAGUAAGAAGCCCUAUAAAUCUCAGGAAUGGAAUAGAUCUUUCAGUGUGACAUCAGAUUUUACUGAGCACCACCGAGCUCACUCAGGCGAUAGACCUGAUGACUAUAAUGUAUGUGGGAAAACAUUUACCAAGGCUUCUCAUGUAAAUGUACAUCAGGUAACACACACACUUAAGAAACCCUCUGACCAUCCCAUUUGUAGGAAAGCCGUCUGCUACAAGUCAAAUCACUAUAGAUAUCAGAAAGCUUACACAGGUGAGAAACCCUAUAAGUGUGAUGUAUGUGGAAAAACCUUCAACAGGACUUCCUACCUUAGUGAACAUUGGAGAACUCACACUGGUGAGAAGCCCUAUGAAUGUAAAGAAUGUAGGAAAUCAUUCAGCCAGUGUUCAUCUCUCCGAGCCCAUGAAAGAAUUCACACAGGUGACAAACCAUAUGAAUGUAAAGAAUGUGGAAAGACUUUCCGGCAGUUAUCGUCUCUCCAGACACAUCAGAGAACUCACAUAGGUGGGAAACCUUUUGACUGUCCUGUAUGUGGGAAAGUCUUCUGCUACAAACCAAACCUCUAUAGACAUCAAAAAUCUCACACAGGUGCAAAACCCUAUAAGUGUGAUAUAUGUGGAAAAAUGUUUAACAGGACUUCUUACCUUAGUGAACAUCAAAGAACUCACACCAGUGAGAAGCCCUAUGAAUGUAAAGAAUGUAGGAAAUCGUUCAGCCAGUGGUCAUCUCUCCAAGCCCAUGAAAGAAUUCACACAGGUGACAAACCGUAUGAAUGUGAAGAAUGUGGGAAGACUUUCCGGCAGUUAUCGUCUCUCCAGACACAUCAGAGGACUCACACUGGUGAGAAACCCCAUCAGUGUAGUGUGUGUGGAAAAGCCUUCUGCCGUGUGUCAACACUCUAUACUCAUCAGAUGACUCACACAGGUGAGAAGCCCUUUGACUGUCCUGUAUGUGGGAAAGCCUUCUGCUACAAGUCAAAUCUCUAUAGGCAUCAAAAAGGUCACUCAGGUGAGAAACCAUAUAAGUGUGAUGUAUGUGGAAAAACCUUUAACAGGACUUCCUACCUUAGUGAACAUCAGAGAACUCACACCGGUGAGAAGCCCUAUGAAUGUAAAGAAUGUAGGAAAUCGUUCAGCCAGUGGUCAUCUCUCCGAGCACAUGAAAGAAUUCACACAGGUGACAAACCGUAUGAAUGUGAAGAAUGUGGGAAGACUUUCCGGCAGUUAUCGUCUGUCCAGAUACAUCAGAGGACUCACACUGGUGAGAAACCCCAUCAGUGUAGUGUGUGUGGAAAAGCCUUCUGCCGUGUGUCAAACCUCUACACUCAUCAGAGGAUUCACACAGGUGAAAGACCCUAUGAAUGUAAUGAGUGUUGGAAAAUGUUCAAAAGAAAGUCACACCUCGUUGCACAUCAGGGAACUCACAAACGUGAGAAACGUUAUAAACAUGAACCAUGUAGGAAAAUUGCUCAAAUGUAAGAAUAGCUGAAAUAUAACAGCUGAAUGACCCUUGGAGUGUAAAGCAUUUCCCAGAUGUCAGGACUCUGCAGUCCUCAUGCAGGCGACACAGUUGAGGAACUGUGAAUGUGGGAUAUUUUCAACCUGCAAGUUGUCCUUACUGCAUGUUAAAGGAGAUGCCUGGGAGAAACCACUUCCUGGAAGACAUGCCCCCACAUCCAUCAGAGAGGGUGCACAGCUUGUAUUUUGCAGUCUUACUGUUUGUGAGUCUGUAACUGAGCUCAUGAGUGAAAUAUAAGUGAUGAUAAUUUCCAGUCCUCCCCCGUCUUUCAGUAAAUGCUGGGUUGUCAUGUA